AUGGACUGUAUUCAGGAAUUAUAUUUAGGCACCCACGGCGGCGAUUUUUGCGCUGUACGGAAGUGGAUGAAGCUCACCUCGGCUCACGUAUCGAAUGUCAUUUUGGUCAUCUACGACCUCAUUUAUGAGACGAUGUGCAAAGUUUGUCUGAGUUCUCAAGUCAGACGUGCGCCAUUGAAAUUCUUUGAAGAAGGCUUUCUCGGCUGUUACCAUCGUGCAAUCAAGCAUGCGGAAUUUCUUCUCCGUGUCGAAUGCGAAGGUCAUCUGGUCACCAAUAACCCCGACUUCGAGCGUCUCCUGGCCAAAUACCGAACGGAGCGCCACAAAGAAACGACUGAAUUCUUCAAGAAGACCUCGAGACCCGGGAACGAACCCCAGAACACGGUCUUUACGAGAGCGCCCGAUUUCAUGGACCAAGUCUACGGCAACGCACACAAUGCGCUUAAAGCGUACUACGAGAUAGCUCGCGCGGGGUUGAUGGACGGCAUUUCGCAGCAGGUAUUCAACCACUUCCUGCUGCGAGGCGAGCAGAGCGUCUUCCAGGUCUUUACCCCUGAGCGGGUGCUCUCCAUGACCAGCGAAGAGGUACGAAGCAUCGCCGGGGAGAGCCCCGACGACGUGCGUCUUGGGGAGGAAUUGGUGGGGAAACCACAGCAGGUAAUUAAUAAGCUGGAGAAAGCUCUCGACAUACUUCGAACCUAA